AGUGAACAGCUGGCGUUGAAGCUACUGCAACUUGAUAUACUAUAUCUCAGUGCAGUCGUCCAUUGAAUUUAAAUGGUUCAUACAUAGUGGCCACCAAGUCAAAUGUCGUAGAUUUGAAUAGGAACAUCUGUGUCUACCAAUACAUGUGUCCAUAUUAAUGGCUUAUCGAUAAAGGCCAAUCGCACAAGCCUCGAGUGGCUGUUUAUCCGACAAUCCUCCGCAAAAAAUGGAGUCAAGCCUACUCGCCUACCCCUCUCCAGCCAAUGAGACUGCAUAGGGCCCUGCACACACAGUUUCCCAAGGUCACUUUACAAACCUCCGAUAAUCUCAAAAUUUCCCUGCCCGCCAACAUCGCCAACAUCACCACCCAACCAUCCUCACACCGACGCGCCAACACAACCGACCGUCACAAUGGCCAAGCGUACAACCAAAGUAGGCAUUACCGGAAAAUACGGUACCCGUUACGGUGCCUCCCUCCGUAAGCAGGCCAAGCGCUUCGAGAUCACCCAGCACGCCCGCUACCAGUGCCCCUUCUGCGCCAAGACCUCAGUUCGCCGUGCUGCCGUCGGUAUCUGGACCUGCAAGGGCUGCAAGAAGACCAUUGCUGGUGGUGCCUACACCAUGACAUCCCCCGCUGCGACUGCUGCCCGUUCGACCCUGCGACGAUUGAGGGAAAUCACUGAUAUCUAAGCGAUGAUAAAAAUGGCAACUUGGGAAAUGGCGUUGGUUGGUCAUGAUUUCGAUGUCGUCUCAUCAGCUAGGUAGCAAUUUUACCAUGCGGCACACGUUUAUCUCACGCCUUCCCAACUUGAUUGCAUUGUCUGGUCCCGCGUCUCGACGUAAUGAGAACAAUAGUCUACGUUGGUCUAUGCGCACUUCGGGGAUAUCCAAACUACUUCCGAGUGAAGAA